AUGCCUGCACGAAAGAAGCCUUCUUCGUCGUCCUCUCAGAGCAACAAUAACAACAACAAACGGAAGAGAAAGGACGAUGUGUCAUCAGAUGAAGAAGAAUCGGAUCAUGAAGAAUUAGCAUCACAACCAUUAACAGCAAAUGGAACUAAAAAAACAAAACCAAAUUCAAUUUGUGGUUAUCAAUUACCCAAGAUGAGAGAUGGUAGUAUUGUUAGAAUCAAAAUACAUAAUUUCAUGACUUAUGAUGAUUGUGAAUUCUUCCCUGGGCCUGGUUUGAACUUGGUUUUAGGUCCUAAUGGUACAGGUAAAAGUUCAAUUGUUGGAGCUAUUUGUGUUGGAUUAGCUGGUCACACUAAAUUACUUGGAAGAGCUAGUAGAGUAUCAGAUAUGAUUAAACAUGGCAAAUCUGAAGCCUUUGUUGAAAUUGAAUUAAAAGCAGCAAAGAAAAAUGUUGUUAUUAAAAGAAGUUUUCAUCUCAACAAGGACAAUAAGGAGUCAACAGAUUGGAGAGUGAAUGGUACUAAAAAAACAGGAGAAGAAGUUAGAAAUAUAAUUGAAGGAUUUAAUAUUCAAUUGGACAAUUUGACUCAAUUUUUACCUCAAGAAAAAGUUUGUGAAUUUGCAGCCUUGGAUUCUACACAAAGACUUGAACAAACUCAAUUAGCAGUUUUAUCACCUGAAAUUAUUCAACAUCAACAAGAUUUAAUUAAGAGACAAGAUGAAUUUAAACUUAGUAGUAAUCAAUUAGAUACAUUAACAAAACAAUUGGAAGGUCUUAAAAAGAAGAAUGCUACAUUGGAAAAGGAAGUUGAAAAAUAUAAUCAAAGAAAGAAAUAUCUUGAUGAAGCAGAACUUUGUAAAAUCAAAAUGCCUGUACUUCAAUUUAAGAAUAUUCAAGAAAGAGGAAAACAAUUGAAGGAAAUGGAAUCUAAAUUAGCUCAAGAAGUUGCAAGUCAACAACAAGAAGUUGGUCCACUUAGAGAUGUUAUGGAAGAAUUGGAUAGAUCCAUUAAAAAAACAGAUUCUGAUAUGAGAACUGAUAGAAAUCGUAUUAAUACUAAUAAGGAAAAAAUUUCCAAUGUCAUUCAAAAAUUUGCAACAUCCAAUAAUAAUAUUGAAAAAUAUUCAAUAGAAAUUGAAAAAGCAAAACAAAGUGAACAUGCUAAACAAUCUAAAAUUCAAAAAUUAGAUCAACAAAUCAAACAACUUGAAACACAUUUAUCAAAAUAUAACAUUCCAGAAAUUAAAGGGAAAAUUCAAGAGAAGAAUAAUGAAGCACGUGAUCAAGAUGAAGAAUAUCGUAAAAUUAUGGAUAGAAAAUAUGAAUUGAAUGAAUCAUUCAAAUCCAAGAAGGAAGAAAUGGAAGAAUGUAAACGUAAAAUUCAUAAAUUAGACAAUGUAAAAGAACAACGUUUAAGAAGACUCAGAGAAAAUAGAUUAGAACAAGUUGUUAGAGUUUAUGAAUGGUAUAUGCAAAAUAGAAGUCAAUUUUUAAAACCAAUUUAUUGUAUUCCACUUGAAAUUGCACCAACAACACCUUUAUUUGGUUCAUUUAUUGAAAUGCAUUGUCCUCAAUAUGUUUUUCGUUCAUUUGUAACACAAUGUAUAGAAGAUAGAGAAAGGCUACAAAAAUAUGCAACAGAAAAUGAAUUAAGAUUAUCAAUAAUUUUACCAGAUAAUUUAGAAUAUCAUCCAACAAGAGUUUAUCCAACAGAUCAAUUGAAACAAUAUGGUUUUAUAUCAUAUUUAGAUGAACAAUAUACAGCACCUGAUGCUGUUAAAUCAUGUAUCAAAGAUUUAACUCAAAUGGAUACAGUUGCAGUUUCAGAAAAUCCAAAUGCUAAAGUUUCAGAUUUAUUAAUGAAAAGUCCAAUUCAAUGUGCAUUUAUUCCAAAUCAACAAUAUUUAAUGAAAACAUCAACAUAUGAUAGAUCAAAAUCUACAAGAGUUGUUGAUGUAAAUCCAGCACAAACAGAAGAAGAAUUAACAGAAAAGAUUGAUUUUUAUUUAAAUGAAGCAGAAAAGAUAACAGCUAAUGCUUCAGUUUUAGAUGAAUAUGCUAAAAGAUUACGUGAAAUUGAAGAAAAGGAAAAUCAAAUUAAAGAAUUAGAAAAUGCCUCUGAAACAAUAGCAGGAAUAGUUGAAGAAUUGAAAGAGAAAUGGUUAAAACCAUUAAGAGAAUGUGUUACAAAAAUUAAUGAUACAUUUACAGAAUAUUGUAAACAUGUUGGUAUUGCAGGAGAAGUAACACUAGUUGGAGAUGAAAAUAAUUUUAAAUCAUUUCAAAUUGAUAUUAAGGUUAAAUUUAGAGAUUCUGAAAAAUUAACAUCACUUUCAGCACAACGUCAAUCAGGUGGUGAAAGAUCAGUUACAACAAUUUUAUAUUUAUUAUCACUUCAACAAUUGAACAAAUCACCUUUUAGAGUUGUUGAUGAAAUUAAUCAAGGUAUGGAUCCACAAAAUGAGAGAAAGAUUUUUUAUCAAAUGUUAGAUUCAAGUCAAGGUGAAGAUAUUCCUCAAUCAUUUUUAAUUACUCCUAAAUUAUUACCUGAUUUGGUACCUAAUAACGCUAACAAUAUUACUGUAAUUUUCGUUUUUAAUGGUCCUGCUAAUAUUUCACAAGAUGAAUUUGCCAAGUUUUUCCAACCUUUUGAUAAAAGUAUGGAAAUCAAAGGUGAAUCAUCAAGAAAAAGUGUAAAUUAAAAUGUAAAUAGAAACAGUUUGUCUGUUUUUUAAUUGAUUUAUUCAAUUCCAUAAAAUAAUAUUAUUU